GUUGUGUUUCUCGCUGUUCGAUCGUACUUCGUUCUAUGCUUGGUGGCUCGACAGUCUGUUCUCAUCGAUGGUGAACCGCCCAAAGACAGCAGUUUUGUCUUCCCUAUCAUUCCUCUCAUAAUGACGGCGCUGCAAUUCGUUUUCUACGUCGGGUGGAUGAAGGUAGCGGAAAGCCUUAUGAAUCCACUGGGUGAGGACGAUGACGAUUUUGAAUGCAAUUACCUCCUGGACAGGAAUCUUAGUGUAAAAACCAUCGAGCCGUUGUACUCUGCAGACACAGCUAUAAAACCAAUUUAUCCUCAGUUGGCUCCUACGAGUAAACCUCGAGAGGACGAGGUGAUCAUGAUGCCGCGUGUCGAUGCCGAUGAAAUGGACAACAUGUCGUUUGAUGACCAAGAAGCGCGACUACUGCCUCGAGGUACCCUUUGA